AUGUCAUGUAAUAAAUUACGUCAUAAAGAUAUUCUUGAAUUAUUAGGAGAUGGUAGAAAUUCGGAUUUAUCAGAUUUCUCUGACGAAGAGGACAUACAUUUUCAAUCCGAAGAAUUUAAUCGUUUUAUAGAGAAUUUUGAUUUUGAUUUGCUAAGUGGUGAUGAUUUUAUACCUACACAGGAUUUGCAAGAUGAUGAUGAUUUUAUACCUACACAGGAUUUGCAAGAUGAUGAUGAUUUUAUACUUACACAGGAUAUUGAUGAACAUGAUAAUGUUAUUGAUGUUGUGCCAGAUUCAAUCACAUAUCCAUUUGAAAACCAAAAUGAUUUUAUGCCAGCGUUUGUUGAUAAAAUAAGUAUAAAAUGGAAAAAACAGCCUUUUGUACCUUCGAAAUUUAGUUUAGAAGAACUUAAAGAACGUCAUUUUCCCGAAGAAAUACCAACACCACUAGAUUAUUUUAUGAAAUAUUUUCCAGACAAUGAGGAAAUGAAAAUAUUUGUUGGUGUUCAUUUACUUAUGGGGGUGUUUGGUCUACCACGAAUACGAAUGUAUUGGGAACAAAAGUCCAGAAUAAAUAUUGUUGCUGAUAAUAUUACAAGAAACAGGUUUUUUGAGUUAAGGUCGAACUUUCAUAUUAUGGAUAACAACGACAUUCCAUUAAACAAUAAAGAUCGUUUUGUAAAAGAAAUGAUAAAGAACUAUCAAAAAUGGGUCGUAUCAUCAUUUGAAGUGAGUUCUAACAUGCAUAAUAGUAUUAUUGGAUUAAUCAAAUGGUAUGACAAUAAGGCAGUGGUAUUAGGGUCUAAUUUCAUAACCUCUGGGGUCCCUGAUGACAUAAAAAGGUAUGGCAAGAAAGAAAAAACUUACAUACUACGAACAUUCAUUAAAUCUAGAAAGUGGACACUGAGAAUGAUCACACAUGCCUUUGACAUGGCUUGUGUAAAUAGUUGGUUGGAAUACAAAUUAGAUUGUAAACAUAUUGGCAUUUAUAAAACGAUGAACCUACUGCACUUCAAGGAACGCUUAGGUGAAACCCUGAUUUUAGUAGGUAAGACUUUUGUAAAGAAAAGAGAUAGGCCUAGCAAUAGUCCAUCACCAUUAUCAACUCCAGUUCGAAAACGAGUCAGGGAUAUUGAUCAAAGACCUUGUGAAGAGGUACGAUUUGAUCACAUUGACCAUUUACCAACAAAUGACAAUAGUAAUUAUCCUGUUCGCUGUAAAAAUGAGGGGUGCAAGCUACGAAGUCCUGUAAAAUGUACUAAAUGUGGUGUUCAUUUAUGUUAUACUAAAAGAAAUGAAUGCUUCAGAUUGUACCACAUCAAAUAA